AUGCGGACAUUGGCCAAGGAUGAAUUGAAGGUGGUAGAGGCCAAGCUAAAGGCAUAUAUGGGAGAUAAUGUAGAGGCAUUCCUUCAGAACCGUUUGCUCUUACAUCGAUGUCGAGUAUUUGUGGUUCCUGAGCUGGUGUACCGAUAUUCGAGUAUGAUUCCAAGGAGUAAGAUGUUAACUAUGGGUACUUGUUUGGGCAAGUUUACUAAGACCAAAAAGUUCCGCUUACAAAUUACCGGUCUUAAUUAUUUGGCGUAUUACACGAACAAUAAAGUCUGGGUCAAGCAGAAUGCGGAAAUGUCCUUUCUAUAUGGUAAUCAUCUAAUUAAACGACACAUCCAAAAGGUUCAAUUAACUCCGAAUGCCGGUGAGGGAGAUAAUCAUGUAGGCUGCGUCAUUUACAGCACCAUCAAUGACGUACCUCUCGGCUUCGGAAUCAUUAACAAAAAUUAUAAUCAGGUCAAAAACACUGACGCCAUUGUUGCCUACAAUCAGGGCGACAAUGGGCUCUACGUCAGACAAGAGAAAGAAAUUUUCGGCCUCUCCACACCGAAUGAUCUUAGAGAACAUGAUAACGAAUGA